GCAGGCUGCAUGACUCGUUCACCAUCAAUUUGACGGGCUUCGGGAUUUAUGCCUUGUCAUAGACCUCAGCGCGAGUCAGCGCUGAUACAAUAAAAUACCAUGCAAAAUGAUCAUGAUCCCUCCCACACCUCCUCGCCAGGAGGCGACCUUGCACCCUCGUCGCCGAACCAGGCAGGCCGCAAGCGCAAGACGCCGUCCGGCUCUCGCGGCGUCGCGAGCCUGACUCCUGAACAGCUCGCGAAAAAGCGCGCCAAUGACCGCGAGGCGCAGCGUGCCAUCCGAGAACGGACGAAGCAGCACAUUGAAAGUCUGGAGCGCAGGAUAGAAGAAUUGACCUCCCAACAACCGUACCAGGAGCUCCAGGCGGUGAUUCGGCAGAAAGAUGCGAUCCAGGCCGAGAACGAAGAGAUCAGGAGGAGGUUGGCCUCCAUCAUGUCCAUUUUGCAACCUAUAGUUGGUGCGCAAGGGUUGACAGAUCUCGCAACAGCCGCGCAGCACAAUGUGCAGCCAGGAGCGGGACAGCAGAACGAAGCGUUCCGGGGCAGUAAUAUCUCUCCUGCGGAUCCGUACUUGAAUGGAAGACAGCAAUUCUCGGCAUCUCCUCAUACAUCCCAAGCGACGGUGGAUGGUUCAUCAUAUCCGCCGCCUUUCACGUCUGAAGACCACAAUGAGAACAGGGUGUGGGUGUCAUCUAGAGAAGCGUUGAGCCACCAGCGCGACAACCUCCAGCGGGGACUGGAGUUGAAUGACUCUGGGGAACGGUUGUCUUUCAAUUUCCUUCUCGAGGGUCUGGCCCAGCGACCCGGAGGCAAUAAUGUUCCCUCUCAACGAGAACAGUCCUCUCCCGUCCGACGGUCAGCAUACCCAUUGCUUCCUGAUCCAACACAGCAGCCAGUCUCACAACCACCACCCUGGAAAUUGCUACCCAAGCACGUCCCGCCAACAUGUCCGCUUGACGGCCUUCUACUGAACUUUUUCCAUUCUCGACGACACGAGGCGUCGGCCAACCAUGAUCCGGCCAUGAACCCAACCUACCCGAGCGUGUCGUCUCUUCUUAACCCGGCGAGCGGCCACCAACUCGACCCAGUGUCUCAGCUUUCGUCAGACAUCAUCAGCAAAUUCCCCAACAUCUAUGACCUGCCGGAGCAGGUGGCCGUGCUGUAUUUCAUGUUCCUCAACAUGCGCUGGCAGAUCAAUCCGACGCAGGAGAAUUACGAACGACUACCCGAGUGGCUUCGGCCGACUCCUUCGCAGCUUUACACCCCCCAUCCCGCAUGGAUCGACCAUAUCCCAUGGCCCAUGUUGCGCGACAAGCUCAUCGCCAAUCAUCAGAACUAUCCGUUCGAGAAUUGGUUUGUCCCCUUCACCAGCGGCUUGAGUGUCAAUUGGCCGUACGACCCGAUCGAUUGUCUCCUCGCGACAUCCGAGCGGGACAGAGAGGACCCGGCCAUUAACCCGGUCUUUGAACGCCACAUCCGCCGCCUUGAGAACUGGUCCGUCGGUCCAGCUUUCGCCGAGGCGUUUCCCGCACUUGGGGACACUGCCCGCGUCAAGCGCAAGGACAACGGUAACUCCCAGCCUCAGUCGCAGUCGCAGUCACAGUCGCAGCCUCAGGCGCAAACCCAAACAACGGGACACCCGUCGGCGAACCUGGAUGCUCCCAGUACUUCUGGCUGAUCAAUGCUGUUAGCCGUGGCCACGAUUGCUCCAAAGCUCCGCCUCUCCGCCUGUGCAUGAUGUUGUAUCACGUAAAAGGCAGGGAGUGACCCUUUCCUUUGUCCUUGAUUGCAUGUUUUUCGUGUGUCGCCGUUCUCGCGGGUUGUUGGGCUCGCUCGAGCAGCUAGCGUCACUUUUGCCUUUUUUGCCCUUCGCAGGAUUGGGGCGUCAUCCUCGUCGAGUAUUCCCAUUUGCUUCCUGUACAGCGAGCGGGUCUUGUGCGCUUCUGCCUUUUUCAAGGGCGCCGCUUUUCGUUUCUGCGGAGGAGAGAAGGCUGCAGCAACACACCGCUGCUGGCUUUGAGCAAUCGUACAUAUGAUAUGAUACCCGCUAAGCGCGCGCUUGAUUGUUGUUAGAUUAGGGAUUUCAUGGUGUUUUUGCCCAAAGGUAUCUAGGUAUCAUACUGCCAGUACCUUAGGCAGUGCGUGAUACAGUUUUUAGCGUCUGGACAAGUGGGAAAUAUAUGCUGGCCUUCAGGGGCAAAUACUACCCAUACUAGUACUGUUCUUUUUCAUCGCAUCAUACUCGUUUUUGUUUCUAGUGCUUAGGGUACUACAAGUCUCUUUGUAUGGGGCACAAUACGUACUGUACCAAGUAACUGACUGUACUUCAUCUUCACCCGCCA